AGCGCGGCCGGGAGAAGCAGGCUGGCAAGCCUGGGGAGCGCGCGUGAAAGCGCAUGCGCGCUCCCCGGCUGCUCUUUCGCUCUGGGGCUCCGCUGAGGAGAAGAAGGGAAGGAGGCAGCAGCGGAGGAGAGCAGGAGCGGCGGCGGUGGCGGCGGCCUGAAGGAACGGAGGAGGCGGACGACGACGAGGAGGCGGCGGCCAGGGCUGCCGGGAGAGGAGCGGCGGUCGGGGGGCGCCGACGUGGAGCGGCCUGAGGAGGGAGCCCCCCCGCUCCAACCGCCGCCCCCCUCAGAAGAGACCCCUCCCUCUUUCCCCAUUAAGCCCCGCCCAGAGGCCCCUCCCUUCUUAAGCCCCGCCCCCUGAGCACUGGGUCAGGCUGUCAGGGCAUUUAUUGAGAGGGAGACCCUCCUAGGAGCCCCUCCAGGGCCACCUCCCCUUCUGAGACACAACACUCACACUCACAACACACACACAUACACACAACUGGCCCCCUCUGCCCCCUCACAGAACUGCCUUCUCCUCCCACAGCAUUGUCUCCUUGUCCUUUUCCUCCCAUCAUAUUGUCUCCUGGCAAUAUUCUUUCUUUUCCUCCCUCAAUAUUCUGUCUAUCUUCCCAUAAUAGUCUAUCUUUCCCCCUCCACAGUAUUCUUUCUUCUCCUCCCAUAAUAUUCUGUCUUCUUCUCACAACAUUCAGUCUUUCCCUCCUAUAAUAUACUCUUUUCCUCGCUUAAUACUCUAUCUCCCCAUAGUAUUCUAUCUUUUCCUCCCAUAAUAGUCUGUAUUUCCCUCCUAUAAUAUUCUCUUUCCCCCCAAAUAUUCUGCCUUUCUCCUCUUAUAAUACUCUCUUUUCGUCCCAUAAUCUUCCAUCCUUUCUUCCUAAUUGUCUCUCUUUUCACAGCAUUCCUUCUUUUCCUCCCAUAAUAUUUUAUCUUUUCUUCUUACGACAAUAAUCUAUCUUUUCCUCUCAUAAUCCUCUAUCUUCCCCCCCACAAUAUCCUGCCUUUUCCUACCAUUAUAUUUCCUCCCAUAAUCUUCUAUCUUUUCUUCCCACAAUAUUGUAUCCUUUCCUACUGUAUUCCUCCCGUAAUAUUUGAACUAUCUUCUUUAUAAUAUAUAAUCGACGUUUCGGCUCUGCUAUUAUUUUCCUUUCUUCUCUCUUGCCUUUCCAGAAUCCCUUCUUUCUCCAUUCAGACACACACAAACACACACACACUUUUAUCAUCCUUCUUGCCUUCCCUUAUUCCAGAAUCCCCUCUUUCUCCAUUCUGUCUUUUUCGUUGGCACUCUUAUCACCCUUCAUUUUUCACUUUCAUUAUAUUUCAAUUCCCUCUUCUUCUCUCUCUUCUCCAUUUUCUUUCCAUGUGUUUUUGCAUACAUACACGCAGAUCUUUCACAUUUCUUAGGAACAAAACUUUUUUCCUCAUCCCUCAACACCUCCUUCCCUUUUUAUUUAGCGCUGUUUUCACAAUUUAGACUGUGUCUUUGCUUCCUAAAGCCUGUUUGUGCUUUCCUCAAGAAAGAUUACCCCUGCUUUCAUGCAUUUUAGUGUUUUCCCACUUGUAAAACUGUUUUCACAUUCUCCACCUCCUUCUGUUUGUGUUUUUUCUUCAUCUUCCCCAGUUUUCAACCUUAAAUAAACUCCUUUAUAUUCUGUGGCUUCUCUUAUCUGUUCACUCUUUGCUUGAUCACACUGUUAACACUUUCCCCUUAUAUUUAGUUGUCAUUUGUUUCAGUCGCUGUUGCUUUUCUCCAUGAUCUUUUUCCUGCUGCCUCCGUUCUGCUUUUCUCUCCACCGUUGGGUUUUUUAAAAUCUGCAUUCGAUUAACUGAUCGCUUAUCAUCCUCGUUCCUUUUUCGUACUUCGUUCUUCUAUUCACGCUGCUUGGUUAUCUUACUCCUUUCCGCUUCCAGUUAUUUUCUUCCCUCAACGUUCAUUCCCUGCCCUUCAGUUUUGUUUUAUGUCUGCUCUUCUAAAAACCCUUGCAACCUCUUCUUCCUUGUCCUCAGUAGCUUCUAUUGGCUGACUUCUCGCUUCCCACACUUGUACUUGGUCCUCUCUUUUUAGUUUGUUCCUGCUUCCUGUCAAUUGAGUCUUUCCUUGCAUCCUCCUUUCCGUUCUUUUUGGACACUUCGUUUCCCGCUGGCUUAUAAUUCUUCAGUUUAAUUAGUCCCUUUUCGCGGGGAACCUCUUACAUCCAUCCUGGUUUUAAUAUUAAAGGUGAAUGGAUGUAUACACAGGACAGAGUGGGGAAGAAUCAUAGAAGCCCUUAAAGGGAUCUUCUUACACGUUUCAGAGUGAUAAAUGAAAAGGAUGUGGGAAUGGAAGGGGCGGACUUGCCAGUGCUCCUAACAUUUUUUAGGGGGGUGAAUUCGCAUCCCUUUUCUGGGGGGGAGGGGGAUUGACUCAAAUUCAAGACUGGCACAGAAGGGGCAGAAGGAUGGCGUUCUAGUACCAACCGCACCGGCCAUCUUGGGGGGAAAGGGGGUUUAUCGCAUGCUCACGCACACACACGCAUACACACACAGAGAGGAACCUCCAUUUUUAUCAACUUAAUGAAGACGUAAAGACCUGUUGAGCUCCAUGCUUGUGACGGUGUGCAACUUGCUUGCGAAAGUGUAGCAAACUCCCAUUUUAUUUUUUAUUUUAUUUUUUGUGUGGCCAAAUGACAGCUUGACCCAGUUGUUCUCCAACCAGAGGGCAUCACCUCGAAUGUCUCUUUGUAGUGCCACAGCCAGCGCAAAAAUGAUGGCGGCUUACAAUGGCGGGACAUCAGCGGCGGCGGCGGGUCACCACCACCACCACCAUCACCACCUCGCUCACCUCCCUCCACCUCAUCUCCACCACCACCACCACCCCCAGCACCACUUGCAUCCAGGCUCUGCGGCCGCAGUGCAUCCUGUGCAGCAACAUGCUUCUGCGGCGGCUGCAGCCGCUGCAGCCGCGGCCGCAGCCAUGUUAAACCCAGGGCAGCAGCAACCAUAUUUCCCAUCGCCGGCGCCGGGUCAAGCCCCUGGACCUGCUGCGGCCGCUCCAGCUCAGGUACAAGCUGCAGCAGCUGCUGCAGUGAAAGCGCACCACCAUCAGCACACGCAUCACCCACAGCAGCAACUGGAUAUUGAGCCAGACAGGCCUAUUGGAUACGGAGCCUUUGGUGUUGUCUGGUCAGUAACAGAUCCACGAGAUGGAAAGAGAGUUGCACUCAAAAAGAUGCCCAACGUCUUCCAAAAUCUGGUCUCUUGCAAAAGGGUCUUCCGUGAACUGAAGAUGUUGUGUUUUUUUAAGCAUGACAAUGUACUCUCUGCUCUUGACAUUCUUCAGCCACCACACAUUGACUACUUUGAAGAAAUAUAUGUUGUUACAGAAUUGAUGCAGAGUGACCUUCAUAAGAUUAUUGUCUCCCCUCAACCGCUCAGCUCGGAUCAUGUCAAAGUUUUUCUUUACCAGAUUUUAAGAGGUCUGAAAUACCUACAUUCAGCUGGUAUUUUGCACCGAGACAUUAAACCAGGGAACCUGCUUGUGAACAGCAACUGUGUUCUUAAGAUCUGUGAUUUUGGCUUGGCCAGGGUGGAAGAGUUGGAUGAAUCUCGUCACAUGACUCAGGAAGUUGUCACUCAGUAUUAUCGCGCACCCGAAAUCCUGAUGGGCAGCCGUCACUACAGCAAUGCUAUUGACAUUUGGUCUGUAGGCUGUAUAUUUGCUGAACUGUUAGGGCGAAGGAUAUUGUUUCAAGCUCAGAGUCCCAUUCAGCAGUUGGAUUUGAUCACAGAUCUUUUGGGAACACCGUCACUGGAAGCAAUGAGGACAGCUUGUGAAGGCGCCAAGGCACACAUACUCAGGGGUCCUCAUAAACAGCCAUCCCUUCCUGUCCUGUAUACAUUAUCCAGUCAAGCUACACAUGAAGCCGUUCAUCUCCUUUGCAGGAUGUUGGUCUUUGACCCAUCCAAAAGAAUAUCUGCUAAGGAUGCCUUAGCUCAUCCAUAUCUCGAUGAAGGGCGUUUACGAUAUCACACCUGCAUGUGUAAAUGUUGUUUCUCCACCUCUACGGGACGCGUUUACACCAGUGAUUUUGAACCCAUUACGAAUCCCAAAUUUGACGACACUUUUGAAAAGAACCUCAGUUCUGUUCGGCAGGUUAAAGAAAUAAUUCAUCAGUUCAUUUUGGAACAGCAGAAAGGAAGCAGAGUACCUCUGUGCAUCAACCCACAAUCUGCUGCUUUUAAGAGCUUUAUUAGGUAACUUUCCACUGUGGCUCAGCCAUCUGAGAUGCCGCCGUCUCCGCUGGUCUGGGAGUGAACGUGGGCGAUAUAAAUGUACUACUGAAGACAUAAUGUAGCUUUCCACUGGAUUCUGGGAUUUGCAAUUCUGGAGGUUUAAUCAUGCUUGUACUGUACUUUUACUAAUAAUGAAGUUUUAAAUUAACAACCACUAUCCUUGUAUGCUAUAUGAAUAAAGGGUAGGGGGGGAACAUGUUAACUAGGCUUUUAAAUCUUGUCAAGGUUGGGGUUGUGCUUUUAGAAGACAAAUAUUUUAUCCAGAGUUGCACAUGUUCUUUUCUCUCCCCCCCCCCCCCAACCGUGAUUCGUAGUGCAGCUGUGAUCUUGCUGGGCUCUGAGCAAAAAAGAAGAUUGAACCAAAAUUUGGGGGAGGGGGGGAAAUUGUUGGGGUUGAUUUUUGUUUGUUUGGAGCGUCUGGGUUUGUUUUCCUUUCUUUUCCCACCCUUCAACUUAACAAUGAGAUUGUACAAAAGCAUAUGACGUUUUUAUAUCGAUCCAUUCCUGACCAUUUGGGUUUUUUUUAAACCAAAAUAAUGAAUAAAUGAGGGAAUACAAAAACCAAUUGUGACCAAUCAUGAAUCCCCAUCAGAUGGCACUAGCUAAGCUUCGAUGGGCAGUGCCACCUGAUGGUCACAACUCUACACAUCGUUUCCCACUAGCACUGUGGUGGUGGUUAUGCGCUGUUUUCCCAUUGGUGAGUAGAAAGAAUGAGCUGCGACUAGGAAAGGCGAGACGUCUUUCCUUUCAACCGCCGCCUGGUAUAAAUAAAUAUAUAUAAAUAUAUAUAUAUUUAAUCUAUUUUUAUUAGAGGUUUUUUCUGCUCUUUUCUUACACAAAGCAUCCCCUCCCGACCCGUCGCAUGCCCCUGCAAAUGUGUGUAAAUAAAACCCAUUUCCAGGCUACUAUUUCAAAGAACCUUGAUACUCAUGGCUGUGUAUAGAGAGAGAGAGAGACGGAGAGCGAGAGAGAGCGAGAGCGAGGAAAUAGCUUGCACAUUUUCUAGAUCUGUGAAACUUUGUGAUUUUAUUAUUAUUAUUAUUAAUAUUAUUUUUAUUUUAAAAAUCCUGCACUGGAUAUAAGUUUGGGUGGAUAAAGAAAAGCGAAGAAAAGCACAUAGGGAAUUACAUUCGUUGUGUUUGUGUCAUUUAGGCAAAGCUGUGGAAGUCUUGAAAUGUCGGAGUAGUAAAAUAACUUUUAUUCCUUUUUUUGCUAAUUUCCUUUUUUUGUGUGUGUCGUUUCUGUUCAAACACUGAAUUAUUCUGUGCAUAUGUAUAUAUAUAUAUGAACACAAAUUGAAGGCCUCUACCUCCUGGAGUAUAUACAACUUGGUUUGUUUAACUCCACAUGAUCUUCUUUUUUUUUUUUAAGUCCGGUGUGGAGACUUGAAAACUUGAAUGUCCCUUCCAACUUUUAUAUUAAACAAAAGGCAAGAAAAAUCGAAGACUGUUUUUUUUUCCACCUGUACAAAGAAAAGAACGAACGGAUGGUCUUAAAUUUUGAACAUCGGUCUGGGGAUAUUUAAAAAAACAAAUUGAGAGAGAUUGAGCGAGAGAGAGAUUGAGAGAGAGAAACCUUGAUGUUUGUCAUGGACAAUUAACUGUUAAAGUUAUUGUAAGUUAUCUGUAUUUAGCAGAGUAUUUUCAAGAGGAUUGAUCUGAGCUGGAACUGAACUAUGAGUUUAAGUUAUGUUUUUUGGAAGUUUUAACUUCAAUGAAGUCAUUAUUUUGAUGUGAAAGAGACAAAUGUUGAAUUUCUCAAACAAAGAUGAUGAAAAUAUCUUUGUUUUUUGUGCGGCUCCUGAGAAAUUUUUUAAAGAAAAGAUACAACACACCAACUGAAGCAUUUCAAUUCACUUUGAAUGAGAAGCGUGUUCUUAAUGUAAAAUGAGCCCAAGAAGACACUGGUAUGAAAGGUAAAAUCUCAGAGGUUGGUCUGUUAAAUGUGGCACACUUGCGGGUCACUUUGUACAAUGUAGAUUUUGAAGUACAGUGGUGAAAACAAUAAAUGUGACGUUUGAAACAAGCAAA